AGAAGAGGAUUUGUUUACAUUGGCCCAAGCCCAACGUCCGACGUGUAAUCAUUUAACUCUCCUGGUGUGGACUGAUUUUGCUAAUUUUGUUUCCUGCCAUAGAAUCAAAGCGCCGAAAGAAAGCGAGAGCGUAAUAGUAUCAAUUAGUAUGAAUUGCAAGUGAAAAGGGAGGCACGGCAAUGGCAUCAACGUGCAGACAUGUUGUGGUUACUGGACCACCAGGUGUUGGUAAAACUACUUUAGUACAAAAAGUAGUUAAAGGGUUGCAGAAUGCUGGUUUGCCAUGUUAUGGUUUUGUAACGCAAGAAAUCCGUCAGGGAGGCCGACGCUCAGGAUUUGACAUAGUUACACUGGAUGGGAAAUCUGCAGUAUUAUCAAGAGUCAAGCCUGACAGUGGUGGUAAGCGGGAAUGCCGUGUUGGACAGUAUGUUGUAGAUGUGCCUUCUUUUGAAUCUCUUGCACUACCUGUUUUGAAUAAGACAAGUGAUGGUCAUAUUUUGGUCCUGGAUGAAAUUGGAAAAAUGGAAAUGUUCAGUCAAAAGUUUGUGUCAGGAGUGCGUCAGGUAAUGGGUCAGUCUUCAUCUACAGUACUAACUACAAUUCCAAUUCCCAAAGGAAGACCUAUUCCUUUGGUUGAAGAAAUUAGAAAUCGCAAGGAUAUUUUGCUAAUAAAUCUCUCUCGAGAAAAUAGAGAUGAUCCAAAUCUAGAAGUGCAGAUUAUAGGUUGCCUUUCAUCAUCUCUUCAAAAGAAAUGAAAUUUUUUGUUCUAAAUAGGCCAAGAAAGAUUAUUUACAAUUGCAUUUCAUUUUUUAUAAUCUUCUUUGUAAGGUUGCUGUAAGAAGUGAAAAGUCUUUCUUUUUGUCAAUAAGUACAUUAUUGUUAAUUAAUAAAGUGAAUAUGAAAAUGUUUUCAAAUCAAGUUCUUUUUCUUGUUUCUUUAGAUGUAUGUAUUGCAUUACAUGUACUUAUUCAAUUCA